CUUCCUGCCCUCCUCGGCAAUGUCCAUGGCAGUACUUUGACCGUCCCACUUUGAAAUACGGUCAAUUAGACCCCAAACAAAAUGGGGGAAGUUGAAAUCGAAUGUCAAAUACCCUUGGCUCGUCCGAGUAGGCCUGCGAAUCGGCUGCACGUAUCGGCGACUUGAAGCGGAGGCAGUACUUUACAAGGUCCUUAGGAGAUGCUCACCAAUCUCUGGGUGUCAGGACUCCUACAGGAGCGACGAGAAGGUUGGAGAGUUGGCAUGAUAGCAAGGUGCCUGUAUCAUCCCAUUUGAACAGUUCAUACCGCCCAUAAAGCAGAAACACGAACUUCAGCUUCAAUCCCCUCUAGUUCCAAUAUCGGUGUAACGUGCUAUAGGACUUCCAUGGGUACUGACGAUAUUCUCGAUAGUACCAAUCGUGUGGGGACGUCUACACAGCAGCAACACCUGCAAAAUCAGGUACGCCCCCCUCCCGGUACAUCACGCCGUCCACUGCUGGCAUCCGUUCAGGCUGGUCUUGUCCAAUUCCUCCCUUCAAGCUCUAGUGCAGUCCAGACUCCGCAUGACGCGUCCGGGACAUGUGUUGCCAAUAUUCCUCACCCAAAUGUGUCGCAAGGAAGCAACAUGUCACCAUCGUCAUCCAUAGGAAGACAAUACACAUUAUCCCAGCAGCCCCCGCCAUUUCCAACCACGCACCCACCAACCUAUCCAUACACACACGCCCAUGGAUAUGUACCACACUUUCCUCUAGAAUCUGGCCUGUAUCAACAAAAUCCGCUGGGAUUCCGACCCAUGAUGCAGGCGCGCUCACCACAUAAUGCGGGCGGGCUUCCUUACCCGUUGGGCGGUAAUUCGGGAAUGCACUCCACUGCAAAUAGUCCCGCAACUCAAUCUCCGCUACCUAUACAGCAGCCUCCCCUGGGCGUAUCUGGUUCACAUACCACAUUACAAUAUCAGCCUGUGCGCUAUCCCAGUCCAUACACUCCUUACCGUUACGACCAUGCAUAUGAGCCAAACCCAUACCAGUGGUACUACAGUCCGCCUGUCCCGCCUGGAUUUAACGAGGGGAUCCCCAUGCAUUAUCAACCUCGGUACCCAAUAAACUUCCCACCCUUGCAUGAUUCUCCUUCUCCUGACUUGGAGACACAUUUUUCUCAAGUCUCCAUUCAUGGUGGUCCUACUUCACCUGUGCAGUCGACUGCUCCACCGGCGGCUCUGCCUGCAAGGCACCCACCUCAGGUUGUAUUACCAGCUCCCCCAUCAUCAUCGGCUCCGGUAUCAAUUUCUCCCUUAAUAUUCGCCCGCCCCGAACAUCAUGCCUCGCCCCCGUCAACACAUACUUCUCCAUCCCGCCCUCAUUCUGAACGUCCCAUUGUACGUCGAGCUUAUCAUCCAAAUCCCCCCUCCCACAGAUCCGAAUGGGUGAUGUGGAUAGGGAAUGUUCCAGGUGGGACCACCCACGACGAACUCUGGAGAUUCCUGAAACGCCCUCCUAUGGACAAUGGCUCGUUUGAGUCUGAGGCCGAUGGUGUUUUAUCGAUUUUCUUAAUCUCCCGGUCAAACUGCGCAUUUGUCAACUUUGACACAGAAGAGCACUUACGGCGUGCAAUCGUGCAGUUCAAUGGGCAACAGCUCCAUCCACAUGAACGGCGGGGUCCGCGACUUGUUUGUCGAGUACGUCGCAAAGAGGAUGAUCUGCGUGCUGGGGUAGGUGGGCAACGGGGAGUGGGCGUGCACACUCGCUAUGUCCGUGAGAAAUUUCAGCAGGGACAGAUGGAUAACCAGGUUGCUCCAAGUGAAGACGAUCAGUCAUCAUCUACCGGUCGCCAUUCGAGUCUAUCGAGUGAGUCAGGGCAUCCACUGGCUGUGGCUACAUCAUUACAGUCGAGUGAUGAGGAGGCUACCAGAGCUCGCCAAGGUUCGCAACCCGGAGACACUGUCAAGACUCAAUCAAGUAGCUCCUAUGCAUCGACGAACUCCAGUUUCUUGUCUCGGCAUUUUCCGAAACGCUUUUUCAUUCUCAAGUCUUUGACGCAGUUCGACCUAGAUUUGAGUCAUAACGAGGCCAUUCUUGAUCAGGCUUACCGCACUAGCAGCGAAGUUAUCUUGAUAUUUAGCGUGAACAAGAGCGGAGAGUUCUAUGGAUAUGCACGGAUGACCGGUCGGAUACUGAAGGGCGAGCACAGAGUUCCGUGGGCGCCGCAUGCGGAUGCCUCGGCGACCUCUGUGUCCCCGUCUCGGCGCCAGCCUGGCAGUCCUAGCCCACUUGUUUCCACCAAUCAGUCUUUCUUUACACCAUCAGAGAACCGUCUCGUCGAGGAGUCGCCAAUGCCUUUCACUCCACAUUCUGGAGGGACCCUGAGCAGCAAGCCUUCUCCUAUGGAACCUCAUCGAUCAUCUGCACCAGCUGCACUCGGGCCUCGCCCACGACGGGAAUUUUCGUCAGAGCCUCCAGCUAAGAAGUUUAGUAGCCCCCAUGAAAGCGGAAAGGCUAGGUCAGCCGCUGGAUUGAUAUCCAAGGAUUUUGUAAGUGCGACUGCCGACAUUGUGCUCGACAAGAAUGCACCGGUCCGAGCGGUACGGAAUAAGGGGAGCACGGAUGGCACGAAGUCGGUGGUAUCUGCCUUGCAAGCUGUGGAGGAAGAGAAUAACAGUAUAAGUAGCGAUGAUGGCGAUGCUGGGAAAGAACAACUGAAGGAUGAUGUGAUGCCAUCGAUGACAAAGGACGCUGGGAGCGAUGAACAACAGGCUUGGGGACAGCCGUUCAAGGUGGAAUGGCUCUGUACUGACCGUCUUCCUUUCUAUUCCACUCGACACCUUCGAAAUUCUUGGAACCAGGACCGGGAGAUCAAGGUCUCGCGGGAUGGUACGGAGGUUGAACCAGGGGUGGGUCAACAACUUUUGGAGCAGUGGCGGGCACUCGCUGCUCCGACGAUAAUGGAGACAAGCGAGUCGUCCGCUGCUGUGGAUCAACGUGCGGCCAAGCCCACGCCGACACCUCCACCGGCAGCGGUAGACUCAGGAGACAGUGGGGGAUCGCAAUGAUCGACACGCUUUACACGGUCUCAAGCACCACGAGAAACCACAGCAUGCGCUAACCAUCAUACAUAGACAUACACCAUUCAUUUGAUUCGUUCAUCCUCAUCUUCACUCAUCCUCAGAUACUUUACCACAAAAUACUUGGACGUUCACGUAACAAGAAUAGUCUUUUUAUUUUAGGUAUACUUGGGAGUAGGGCUUGUGGUUUGUUGUCCUUGGUCCAAUGCAUGUUUGUAACGAUACUUUCUGAUCUCCAUAUCCUGAAGUUAUACACGUACAAGAAAUCC